GGCCAAAGAGAUGCCACUUCCCUUCUCCAUUCCAGCUUAAUUCCGAUGACGCUACGCGAUCAAUACUAUUUCUUUUGACACGAUAAUAUAAUUAUUGUUUAUUUUUCGUCUUGCUACUUUUCAACUUUUCGAAGUACUAAUAUUGUAACCACCAUUUGUUUAUUUUCUGUACGUUGACCGGAGUACCGAGUACUAUUUGUUGUUUUAUAAUAUUUAAUAAUAAUAUAACUCGUUAAGAAAAAUGGACGGGAUUCUAUACAACGUCAUGCAUCUCGGAAAAACAAUUUAUUAAUAAUAAUAAUAAAAAAUAAAAGUGUCGAUUCUCUAGUGACAAUAGCCAUCAUAAUAAUAUUAUUAUAACAUGAUGUAUUGGACUGUUCACAUGCAAGGUGGUCCUCGUCGUGUAAAUCAUGCGGCAGUUUCAAUCGGAACGAGUGUCUUUACGUUUGGUGGAUACUGUAGCGGUGCCGACUACAGAAAUUUUAAGCCAAUUGAUAUACACGUACUGGACACGGUUAAACUUAAAUGGUGGAAGUUGGACCAGGACAAGAAUUGCACAUGCACUCCAUUUCAGCGAUAUGGACAUACAGCAGUUGCUUAUGGUAGUAAAGUAUAUUUGUGGGGUGGACGUAAUGACAACGAAGUAUGCAACGACCUGUUUUGUUUCGAUACUGGUACCUUAAAAUGGUCAAAGCCGAUAACACGCGGAACCAUACCUGUGGCCAGAGAUGGCCAUUCUGCUUGCAUCAUUAAGAAUUGUAUGUACAUUUAUGGAGGAUUUCAAGAAAGUCAAUUUUCUCAAGAUUUAUAUAAGUUGGAUUUUCGUACAAUGUUAUGGCAUAACAUAAGGACUGAGGGUAUUCCACCCUCACUUAGAGAUUUUCAUACGGCAACUGCAAUUGAUGAUAAGAUGUACAUAUUUGGAGGUCGUGGCGAUAUGUAUGCCCCUAGACAAACCGAUCGAGAAGUAUACUGUUCCGAAGUAUAUUACUUUGAUACGACUUUAAAUCGUUGGGUACAUCCUACACUCAAUGGAGUUAAACCUCCAGGACGACGGAGUCAUUCUGCGUUUGUUCAUAAUGGCUUUUUAUAUAUAUUCGGUGGAUUCAACAGAAACAUGAAUCUCCAUUUUAAAGACAUUAACCGUUAUGAUCCUGUUAGUUCCACGUGGAUGAUGAUCACACCAAAAGGUACAUCUCCCUGCGCUCGAAGACGACAGAUUUGUUUAGUAAUCAACGACCAAGUAUUCAUAUCCGGUGGAACUAGUCCGAAUCCUCGUAAAACCGAUAUCUCUUCAAGACAACAAGACUAUGAUUUGACUGAUUCAUCUAUGAAUCAACUCAAAGAUCAUGAUGAUCUUCAUGUUUUAAACUUGAAUCCCAGUUUAAAAGAUAUGUGCCUUGUUCAUAUGUGGGAAUAUGCUGAAGAAGGGAAACGUCCUACGGAUAACCUUCUUAUCCCUGAAACAUUGAGAAACGAUUUAGCCGAGGUCGAUCCAUUUGAAAAAACAGAUGUAGCCACUACCAGAAGGGAAUUUGAAGAGAAUUACCCUGCUCUUCCUGCUCUUCCUGCUCCUCCUGCUCCACCUGCUCCACCUGCUCCUCCUGAACGAUAUCAAUGGCGUGUGUUUGAAAACUAAUUCUUAUUUAAUACCCAUGUCAAACCCAAAUUUAAAAGAAGAAUAUUGGUACAAAUUAAUUUUCUUAAUUUUGUUUAUUAUUAAAUGAUAAACGAAAAUAGGGAAUUUUUACUUUAAAUUUUAAUACAAAUACUUUUUAAAAACCUGUAAGAAUUCUGACAAACCUUUUGCUAUUUAUUCGUAUUGUAAAAUUUAUUUUAUAUAAAAUGUUUAAAUCAAUUAAAUAACAAUUACUUGUGUAAAAGUAAAAUACAUGCUUAUAUUGUGUAACUAGUCUACAGAAGAUAUAAGUAAAAUGUCAAAACUAUAUUUAACUGUUAGCACAUUGACGACUACUAUUAACAAUAAAAUGUGUUUGUAUAUAAUUUUUAUAUUAUAGUAUAAUUGUCGAAUAAAACCUUGUAUUGUAUAAAGUCUAUUUA